GGAGGGGGAUGCUGUCCCGGAAGAAGACGCGCGCCGAGCUCUCCAAACCCGGCGAGGUGCAGGGCAAGUACGUGAUCAAGGAGACCAGCCCCUUGCUCCGCAAUCUGAUGCCUUCAUUCAUCCGCCAUGGUCCAACCAUUCCAAGACGAACAGAUCUCUGCCUUCCAGACCUGGGUUCUUCUGCCUACUCAGCGGGUGGGGAUGGCGCCGUUUCCAGAAACCAGAGCUUCCUUAGGACUCCAGUGCAGAGGCCUCCUCAUGAGAUAGUGAGGCGCGAAAGCAACCGGCUCUCUGCCCCUUCCUACCUUGCCAGGAGCUUGGCCGAGGUCCCCCGGGAAUAUGGCUUAUCUUCGCAGUCCUUUUUGACAGAGGCCAACUCCGUCCAUGAGAAUGGAGAUACUGGAUCCCGUUGCUAUUACGACCACUUCUAUAAUGGUCAAAGGCGGCCCCAGCUGGGAGAUCCUGUGCAGGAGGAAUAUCGAUACUAUGAACAUAACACGGACCUCAUACAAAGGAUGUCACAGAAUCAGGGAAGGCAUAGUUCAGGCAUUGGAAGAAUAGCUGCUACAUCAUUAGGAAACUUAACAAACCACAGUUCAGAAGAUUUACCUCUCCCUCCUGGCUGGUCAGUGGACUGGACUCUUAGAGGAAGAAAAUACUACAUAGACCACAACACUAACACAACACACUGGAGCCACCCGCUUGAGCGAGAGGGGCUGCCUCCAGGGUGGGAACGUGUGGAGUCCGCCGAGUUCGGAGUGUACUACGUCGACCAUAUCAACAAAAGAGCGCAGUACAAACACCCUUGUGCCCCCAGUGUUCCUCGCUACGAUCAGCCUCCUCCAGUGACCUAUCAACCCCAGCAAACCGAGAGAAGCCAGCCUAUCCUCGUGCCUGCGAAUCCCUACCACACGGCAGAGAUCCCUGACUGGCUGCAGGUCUAUGCCAGGGCUCCGGUGAAAUACGACCACAUCUUGAAGUGGGAACUCUUCCAGUUGGCUGACCUGGAUACGUAUCAGGGGAUGCUGAAGCUCCUCUUCAUGAAGGAACUGGAGCGGAUAGUGAAGCUGUACGAGGCAUACCGGCAAGCGCUUCUCACGGAACUGGAGCAUCGCAAGCAAAGGCAGCAACGGUACGCUCAGCAGCACGGCAAGAACUUCUAGGCUUCCUCUCUUCCACAGCAGACUCUGAGGAGGGCUUCUGGGAUGUUAAGGGACUCUUCACGCUCUUCAGCAUCCUGAACAAAAAGUGCUUUGGUUAAAAAGGCAGCUUCUCUGUUGAUCUUGCACCUUUUGUAAUUAUCUUCUUUGUGUAUCAUGUUUAUUGAAUACAAAAGAUGUUUGUUAUAUUGUAUAAAGAAGUUAGUUUCUUAUUCUGAGAGCCAGCGUAGAGGCAAACGACACAUUAUUGUUAUUUUGUCUGGUGUCUCUUUUCUAGCAACCGGUUGUACCUUGGAGAAACAAAAUUUAUUUUUCAAAUGAUAAAUGUCAUUGUAAGGAACGUCCUGAAGAUCGAGGAGAGAAACUUUAAAAGAUCCUAAUUCCCACUGUACAGCAGACACUCCCGUAGGUCCUUCUUGUGUCCAGGGGGAAAGGAGGCUGUUCUUCGGCUGCAGAUCAGCUGUGGGGUUCAAGCUUUAACAAGUAAAACUGCCACGUUGAUCUUUUUAUUAACAGCAUUGCGAGAUAGUUUUCUGUUGGACCCGUGCACUGAACAAAUGACUGCCUUAAUUUGACUGUUAAGCGUAGUUCCGAUUUGCCACCGGUCUACCCUGGGCUAUUCUGUCAAGAGUGAAUGCUAUGCGCAGGUGGGCAGGAGCCAUUUAUAGACUUGAAGCUCUUCCAAAGAGAUAACAGGUUUGAGCCAAUGCUUAAGAGAGUGGACUGUGACUUCUGGGUUGGGAAGUAGUUGAAGGAAUGCCCUGGCCAUUUGAAUUAAGCCUUGCCAUGACCGUUUUUUUGCAAAAGCGGUCUCGUGGAACAGUCAUCUUCGGAUCCAAGGCUCCAGGGCACCUCUCCCACAUCUUGUUUCACAUGUCAUCCUGCAGUGUUGUUCAUGGGUCCUCCUCAGGAAAAAUGUCUCUAUCAUCUAUGUCCUGUAAAUCUCAACAGUCAAAUAAAAAUUGUUUUUGUUUAAA